AUGGUGAUCCCCUUCGAGACGCAAGUCAACAUCGAAGCGGCAUUCUCGCUGCUCGCUUUCAUCUUGAUCUGUAUCCCGCUCUACUGGCACUUGGAAGCAUGGAACGUCGGCUGUGUCCUGUACAUCUUCUGGAUGGGAACCCAGAACUUAAUCCAGUUCAUCGACAAGGUGGUCUGGAGGGACAACGCGAUCAACGUGGCGCCGGUGUACUGUGAUAUCACCACCCACUUCACGAUCGGGUCGUCUAUCGGCGUGGUCUGUGCCUCCCUGGUCAUCAACCGUCGCCUUUACCACAUUGCCAACAUCUCCGCGGUGUCGAUCACCCGGGCAGACAAGCGUCGUAACAUGAUCACCGACCUUGCUAUUGGCGUGGGCAUUCCUAUCAUCUCGAUGAUUCUCUAUUUCGUCUACCAGGGACAUCGCUUCGACAUUCUGGAAGGCGUCGGUUGCAUCGAGGAGUACCCGAACACAAUCAUGUCCUACUUCCUCUUCACCGCCUGGCCGAUCCCGAUCGGUCUCGUCUCCGCGACGUACUGCACGCUCACUCUCGCGGCAGUUCAACGAGCUCAUGGCAUCGAACGCGAACUUGACCUUCAACCGCUACUUCCGCUCAUGGGCCUCGCCGUGGUCGAGAUCCUCUUCACCCUCCCGCUCACGAUCUACAACAUCGUCCAGAACCUCCGCAUCUCGCCGAUCUACGUCUUCCAGGGCAUGGCCGACCUUCACUGGGGCUUCUCCCGCGUCAACCGCAUCGCUGCAAUCUCGUGGCGCCAGAACCCGGAGCUCGUGAAGGCCAUGACCUUCCGCGCCACCCUCGACCGCUCGACCGGCUUCUCUUCCACGGGCUCCAAGUCGCAGGGCCGGGUCACGAUCCCGACGUUCGUCCAGCGGCGCACGCGCCGCGGCUCGCUCGACUCGCUCUCGAUCUCGGACCGCCUCUCGACGCAGAUCUCGAUCGGCGACAUCGACGAGAAGGAGAAGGGCGCAAGCAUGUACUCGCCCACGGCGACGACCUCCGCGGGCUCGAGCACGCACGUCGGCUCGCCGACCACGAUCGACGAGGUCGAGCGCGAGAAGGAGCUCCUCAAGCUCGCCGACGCCGCGGGCAUGCCGUACCUCCCCGCGCUCGACGCGAUCCCGAAGAUCGACUUCCCGCAGCCGCCCCGCCGCGCGCGCGUGCGCGACCGCGCGCCGUCGCCGCCGCCCCCCGCGGCCCAGCCCGAGAUGGCGGAGCGCGAGGUGGCGGACGUGCCGCGGUCGGUGCGCCCGCACUCGUUCGUGUCGCUGCGCUCGCACACGGACGACAUGGUCUGA